UUUUUUUUUUCUCUUUUAAUUAUUUGAUUUUUUGACAUUAUCUAAAUGACACACAUUUCAAGUAAAAAGCUUUUAACACUUGUGCUCACCAUAAAUGAAGAGAGAAAAGAAAUUUUAUUAGGCAUGAAAAAACGUGGCUUUGGUGUAGGAAAAUUUAAUGGAUUUGGAGGUAAAGUUGAGAAGGGAGAAACUAUCGAACAAGCAGCAAGACGUGAAUUAUGGGAAGAAUGUGAAAUUAAGGCUAUUGAUUUAAAGAAAGUGGGUAUUCUUAUGUUCACAUUUGAGAAUAAUCCUAUUGGUUUAGAAACUCAUGUUUAUACAACUUAUUCAUAUGAAGGAAUACCCAAAGAAACUGAGGAAAUGAAGCCUGAAUGGUUUCCUUUUGAUCAAAUCCCAUUCGAUAAAAUGUGGUCAGAUGACAAAUAUUGGUUUCCUUUUCUUUUUAAACAACAAUUAUUUUCAGGCCAUUUUCAUUUUGCAGAGGAUCAAAAAAGUAUCUUAAAAUAUGAUUUGAAACCUGCAACUAUAACUUUGAAAGGGUUUGAACCUGAACAAGUUAUUAUUUGAUAAUAAAUAGAAUUUUAGAAUUUUACAAAGAAAAAAAAA